AUGCACAUGCGUUACACGCUGGACCAGCGCAUGGCGAACUUGCACAUUACCGAACAGCAGCAGUUCCAGUUGGCUCUGCAGCAGCAAGAGCACGAUCAGCACCAGCAAUGGCAAUUCGAACAACAAUGGCAGCAGCAGCGCAAUCCGCGAGUGACCCUUAAUUACCUUCUUGCGGAUCCAGCUAUCUACGAACCGUCGCCCCUGGAAGUCUGUGAGCAAAGACGCCGACUGCAGCAUCAAACUAAGGAGCUCUAUAACCUAGAAUCUCUUCAGUUGCCCGGCCGGAUGCCAGUGACUUACCAGAACCCACAGCCAGAGCUCUUUAUGGAGCCUUUCCUGACUUAUCCCGUGGAUCCAAGCCAAGGUAUGAGUCAAGAUAUGCUUCCAGACUAUGAGUUGAUUGAUCCCAACUUCUACUGUAACCUCGGAUCACCAGCUAAUGGACUACAGGCUGACUACAGUUGGACUGAUUCCGGCCCAUCUAUUCAAGAGGCUACUCAGGAAGCGGACUUCAGCGGUUCGAAUUACGGUAAUCAACUGGUAGACGAUGAUGCCUUCGAUCUACUUGGUGACUCAAUCCCUUCAGUUCAGUAUGACCAUGACCUCUCAGAUGCAAUGGUUAUCGACGUGGCAGACGUGAACCCACCUGACACGCUGCAGAACUUCAUCACUGCUGAAGCUCAGCAAACUCAACAAGAACCUGCGAUUGAAGUCCAGCCCCAAGCUCCAGCUGCCCGAGUUCGUCAGCCCCGUGCCAAAACCCCAUCGUUCUCACUAGACGCCUUUUUCCAGGACUUCAACGCUUCAGAUGACAUUCUACGCCAACCAGCUCUGCCCAACCAUGAUCUCACGGGUGAGGCACUGGCUAAGCAACUGAUUUCCGAGCUUGGGCUUGCCUUCCGCCUCACUGAACUCCAUCGCCGCUGGAAUAAGAACAAGGUCAACGAUUGGUUCAAGGAAGUAGACCUUCUCGAUCGUCUUGAAGGUAAGAAGGCCAUUGUUCCAUGGGGACCGCUCUCCGAUUGGCUCGUGAUGUAUCAGAACGAAUUGGAGACUAUCCUGGACCGCUACGGCGACGUUUCGAAUAUCGAUUGGCAGACUGAACGCAAGGUCCGCGCCGAUAAGUAUACCCUCACCAAAUCGCUUACCUCUGACCUGCGAGACGAAGCUCAGCGGCUUAUUGAAGUGAACAAAGAAUCGCUUCUCGAGUUGCUUGUUGAGCUCACCGGCCAGGACGGUUCGGAAGUUAAGUUUGUGUUGGACAAAAAGUUACGCCUCGUGAAAGCUGCAGUUGUCAAUGACUGUGCGGUGAACGGCAUCCUGGCGCUGCGCGUUGGGCCCCACGGUGUGUAUGUUGAUUGCAAGAAGGCCUAAGUGAAGGGAGUAAGAAUGCUGGCCAUUCAAGCGCAAGGAGAUCAAGAUCAAGGGAGCCAGAAUGCUGGACAUUCGAAGGUGCGAAUUACACAUUAGCGAAAUUUCGGUAGGUCAGGCAACCUCAUAUGGUAUCAACAAACAAUGAAGUCAUACAGACACAAAGACUGUGAAUGCAUGUUAAUUACAGACGCAAAAGAACAUGAAGUGAU